AUGGGAUUCAGAGUCAUCAUCGCCGGUGGCAGCGUCGCUGGGCUGUCCGUUGCCAACAUGCUUGAGCAAUUCGACAUAGACUAUGUCCUUCUUGAAGCCUAUCCUCAGAUAGCCCCUCAAGUCGGUGCCAGCAUUGGCAUCCUGCCCAACGGCUUCCGCAUCCUUGAUCAGCUUGGAUGUUUCGAGCCUAUUCUCGACAUUGCUGGGGAUUGUCGCUACACUAUUGGGGGCAUGUAUGGGCCCGAUGGCCUCCCACUUGCCGCUACUUCAUCGACCAGUCUGUCAGUCCACUUUGAAAAGAGGGUCGGCUAUCCCUCAAUCUUCAUCGAUCGGCAGAUGUUGUUGCAGGUCCUGUACAAGAAUCUGAAACACAAAGAUCGAGUUUUGACCAAGAAGCGGGUUACUCGCGUGGAAUUGGUCCAGGGCGGAGUCCAGGCUUACACCCAAGACGGCUCUGUAUACGAGGGCGACAUCAUCGUGGGAGCAGAUGGCAUCCAUAGCGUAGUAAGAGAUGAGAUGUGGCGUCUUGGAAAGCAACAGAGUCCAGGAUACUUCCCCGAAGACGAAAACUCUCGCGUCCCAGUCUCGACGAGAUGCAUCUUUGGAAUCUCGAAACGACCCUCUGCUCUGGGUUACCGAAGCCAACAGAUGGUAGUUGGCGAUGGCCACGCGUAUCUAAUUAUAGCCGCACCAGGAGACCGAACGUAUUGGUUUCUGUUCGACGGUCUUCCGAAGACAAUGCGUGGGAAGGACAUUUCUAAAUACACCAAGGCCGAUGAAGAGGGACUCGUGAAAGAGCACCAUGGCGAUCAUAUCACCCGAGACGUUACUUUUGGUGAGCUGUAUGACCGGAAGAUCAUGUCGACGUUAGUUCCACUUGAGGAGUAUGUCUUCGAUCGCUGGCAUUACAAGCGCAUCGUUACGAUAGGAGAUUCGGCUCACAAGAUUGAUCCGGCAUCUGGCCAAGGCGGCAAUGGAGCCAUGGAGUCCGCAGCACUCCUCGUCAAUGCCCUGGUUCGUCAACUGAAACUCAGCCCUGAAGGCCUUUCGGUCUCUCAGAUAGACACUGCACUAUCAGAGGUCCACGCCCUCCGCUACGAGCGGGCUAAAAGUCUAGUCGAGCAAGCACAUUCGCUCCAGAUGAUGAUCAGCCAGCGUUUCCCAUUCGCUCGCUUCAUCUUCAAGCCUCUUGUUUCUCUCUUUGGCCCAGACGCUUUUAUUGACAUUGUCACCCCGAUCUGCUGCGAAGCUACGAGGAUCCAAGGCAUUCCUGUCCCAAAACGACCGCACUUUGUUCCAUUUGAGGACGAAUUACCUGCGAAGCCCAUCAAGGGCGGUCUAGCUAGGCGAGUCCCGUGGGUUCUGGCAACCGGCACUCUUGGGCUGUCGCUCUUUGCUGCCCUCAAGAACAAGGACAUUGGAUCUGGGACGGGAGUCCUCUACAACGUUCUUCAGCAAUGGGGUGCUGGCGGCCUUUUGGGAAAGAUAGUUGGGCAGACCUCGACGGCGGGCCUAAUCAGCUUAGUCCCUGUUCUCUCAAGCUGGCUCAUCGAAGGCUCUCGGCGUGGAAACUCACUAAACCCAUUGUCAUGGACAACAGUAUACUCCCUCAUAUACUCACUCAUUGGUCCGAGCUCAGUGCUACCGUUCUUCUGUCUGUCGUCUGUCCUCUUCUCCACCAAGUCCACCAUCCACAGACCUGUUGACCCCAAGAUGGCCAAGUCCGUCGUUCCAGGUGUUCUCUUAGGCUACGUGGCACCAACGGUGGCAGCACUGUUGCCGAUCAGAGAUUCCAAACUUAGGCACUACGUCGGGGCGACGGCCAACAAUGGACAACAGAAAGCCGACACGAAGGUUGAAGACAGGCCCAUCAACUAUGCUCCCCCAUCCGAGCUUCAAGUGUAUACGAAUGAGGAUGUAACGCCCCUGAAGUUCUCCCAUGGUAUCGCGCUUGCUCUCUGUUUGGCUGCUCCCGUCGUUGCCAAAACUGUAUCAACCACCGACUGGACCUUGUCGGCCAUAUCGCAAGUGGCCCCUUUCGGUUCAAAUACAGGGACAAUUAGCGCCGCGUCGUCCCUGGCCUACUCUUUGUACGCUGUCUGGGAACUACGCUCACUCGGCUUUGUGAGGACAAAGCAGGCUGUCACGGGAGGCUUAACCUCACUUGGUGUUCUUGGACUGGCUGGGCCUGGCGCGAUGAUUGCUGGCGUUGAUUACUGGCGUGAGCAUGUCAUCUCUAGCUUGAGUCCUGACACUGGGCUACUAUGA